AUGGCUUCAAUAUCAACCUCCUUUGCAAAAAAAAUCUUGAGCUAUUUCCUUCUUCUUGUAUAUGUCUCAAGAAAAACCCUAGCUACAAACCCUAAAACCAAUGGCCCCAAAGAUUCUCUAGUUAUUGGUCUUGUUCAUUCAAGAACAACCCUCCUUACCCCAAAAAAAGGCUAUAAUUUCAUUUCAAGGAAGAGAAUGAAGGCAAUGGAAAUGGAUGAUAAUGUGAUAGAGCCAUUGAGGGAAAUUAGGGAUGGUUAUUUGAUGUCCUUAACAUUAGGGACACCCCCACAAGUUAUUCAAGUCUAUAUGGACACAGGAAGUGAUCUGACAUGGGUUCCUUGUGGCAACCUCUCUUUUGAUUGUCAAGAUUGUGAGGAGUAUCAAAACAAUGUUUCAGGCCCAAAAUUGGCUGCUUUUUUGCCUACUCAUUCUUCUACUUCUAUUAGAGACACUUGUGGUAGCUCCUUUUGUAUGGAUAUUCAUAGCUCUGAUAACCCUUUUGAUCCUUGCACAAUUGCUGGUUGUUCCCUUGCUACCCUUGUGAAGGCCACUUGCCCUAGACCUUGCCCUUCAUUUGCUUAUACUUAUGGAGCAAGUGGGGUUGUAAUUGGAACUUUAACAAGAGAUGUCCUUUUAAUGCAUAUAAAUAAUAUUAAUUCUCCAAAUUCUUCCACUAAGAAAACCCCUAGGUUUUGUUUUGGAUGUGUUGGUGCAAGUUAUAGAGAGCCAAUUGGGAUUGCUGGCUUUGGUAGAGGGUUACUUUCUCUUCCUUUUCAGUUAGGGUUUUCUCAUAAGGGGUUUUCUCAUUGCUUCUUGCCUUUUAAAUUCUCAAAUAACCCUAAUUUUUCAAGCCCUUUGAUUCUUGGUAACCUUGCUGUUUCUUCAAAAGAUGAGCAUUUGCAAUUUACUCCUUUGUUGAAAAGUCCAAUUUACCCCAACUACUACUAUAUUGGGCUUGAGUCAAUCACUAUAGGAAAUGGGAAUAGUAAUUUUAGAUUUGGAGUUUCUUUCAACUUGAGAGAGAUUGAUACAAAGGGUAAUGGGGGAAUGUUGAUUGAUUCUGGUACUACUUAUACUCAUUUACCUGAACCAUUGUAUUCACAACUUAUUUCAAAUCUUGAGUCAGUGAUAAGCUAUCCAAGAGCUAAACAAGUUGAACUCAAUACUGGAUUUGAUCUUUGUUAUAAAGUUCCUUGUAAAAACAACAAUUUUUCUUUUAUUGAUGACUCUCAACUCCCUUCUAUAACAUUCCAUUUUUUGAAUAAUGUUAGUGUUGUUUUGCCCCAAGAGAACAAUUUCUAUGCCAUGGCUGCUCCAAUUAACUCCACUGUGGUUAAAUGCUUGUUGUUUCAAAGCAUGGACGGUGUGGGUGGCGAUACCGACGACGACCGAGAUGGGCCGGCGGGUAUUUUCGGAAGCUUCCAACAACAAAAUUUGGAGGUUGUUUAUGACUUGGAGAAGGAAAGAUUAGGGUUUCAACCAAUGGAUUGUGCUUAUGUUGCUGCCACUCAAGGACUACACAAGAAUGUUUGA